AAGAAGAACACGUCCCUUCCUCUACGGUCAAAUUUGAAAACAGGCGCUAACAGCUCACCACAACAAAGAGCUACCAACAUGACUGCGGACAAUGAAAUGGACAUUAAAGAGACCUUUCAACGCUCUCAGAAGGGCCACAAUAACAAGGCAAAGCUGGUAGCGAGUCUGAAGAGCCGCUACGACAAGCUCGAGGACAAGACUCUGUUCCAUGAUGAGUUUCUCCACUACCUGAAGUAUGCCAUGAUCGUCUACAAACGCGAGCCUGCUGUUGAAAAUGUGAUCGAGUUUGUUGCAAGGUUCACAGCAAGUUUCCAGACUCCACCUAAAACAGAAGAGGAGGACGACGAAGACGAAGAAGAGGAGGAGGACGAUCAUCCAUUUCUAAGUUUCAUCUUCAACUUUCUGUUAGAGUCUCAUAAAGCUAACAGUCAUGCAGUGCGUUUCCGAGUGUGCCAGCUGAUAAACAAGCUGCUGGGCAGCAUGGCAGAGAACGCCCAGAUUGAUGACGAUCUCUUUGAUCGGAUCCAUCAAGCCAUGCUGGUUCGAGUCACAGACAAGUUCCCCAACGUGAGGAUUCAGGCGGCUCUAGCCAUGGCCCGCCUUCAGCAGCCUAAGGAUCCAGAAUGUCCAACUAUCAGUGCGUAUAUGUUAAUUCUGGAAAAUGACACCAACGCCGAGGUGCGACGUGCUGUUCUGUCCUGCAUUGCAAUGUCACCCCUAACCCUUCCUAAAGUGAUCAAACGCACUCGGGAUAUUAAAGAGAAUGUCCGCAAGCUGGCCUACCAGGUUCUUGCUGACAAAGUUCAUAUUAAAGCUCUGACCAUUGCACAGAGAGUUGGUCUGUUGCAGCAGGGCCUCCAUGACACCUCAGAUGCAGUCAGAGAGGUGGUUUGUAGCUGUCUMCUGCCGGCCUGGCUGCAGCGGCUGGAUGGUGAUGUCAUCGAGCUGCUUCAUCGGCUGGAUGUGGAGGAUUGUGCAGAAACUGCGAUAGAAACCCUGAAAGCCAUCUUUAAAAGCAUGACUGCUGAAGAGCUGCUGCAGAACAGGGAGCAGCUCGACAACAGGAAACUGAUCCCAGUAGACCAUCUGACUUGUGAAAAUGUGCUUUACUGGAGAGCUUUGUGUGAAUUCAUCAAGGGUAAAGGAGAUGAUGGGGAUGAAAUGCUCGAACAAGUGUUACCAGAUGCUUCGACUUACGCUGACUACCUAUGUGGCUAUCUAAAGGCGGUGCCUGUGAUGUCUGAGGAGCAGAGGGCUGAUUUUACCCAGCUGGAGCUGGUCAUGACCAAAGAGUUCAUCGCACAGCAGCUCAUCCAUCUCAURGGUUGUCUUGAUACCAACGAGGAGGGAGGCAGGAAGCGUGUGCUGGCUGUCCUGCAGGAGAUGCUGGCUCUCCCUCAUACCCCAUCCUCCUUGAUCUCCCUGCUCACUGAGAAACUCCUCGCCAUCAUCCCUGAUGACCAAAGACGCAUCCAAACUGUGGCCGAGAUCAUUUCAGAUGUGAGAGAGCCCAUCAUCAGUCAGCCAGUGGAUGAGAACGAGAGCCGCCGACAGCAGGUCCAGCUUGCAGAGGUGAAGGUACGUGUCCUGGAGGCUAAACAAGCUCUGGAGGACUGUGUUGCUGCUCAAGACUUUAGCCGAGCGGCCGAACUCAAAGACUCCAUUGCGAGCCUGGAGGACCGCAGGAACCAAAUCCUCCAGGAAAUCUCAGAGAGCAACCAGCCGACUGACAAGGGGGUCCGAAUCGAGAAGAAUGACCCAGAGACUCUUCUGAGGUGCUUAACAAUGUGUGCUGAACUGUUGAAGCAGAUAAACGUCAAGACUCGAAUUGGUCCAACCAUUAGUGCCUUAAUGUCCUCACUGAUUCUGCCCUGCAUAGCAAAUGCUCACCCUGCUGUCCGCAACAUGGCUGUGGUGUGUUUGGGAACGAGCACGCUGCACAGUAAGGAGCUGGCCAAAACCCACAUGGUUCUGCUGCUUCAAAUUGCCCAGCUGGACGAGGUGAAGAUCCGCAUCAGUGCUCUGCGAGCCAUCAUCGAUCUGCUGCUGCUGUUUGGCUUCCAGCUGCUUUCCGAAGCGUCCACUCAGGCGACCCAACCGGCCCAAUUACCUGACGAGCAGGACAACGACAUGGCACCGGCUGAGGAGAAGGGGGCUGUUCAAGAAGACACUGCYCAGAGUAUACUCACCAUGCUUUCAGAGUUCCUGGACAGCGAGCUGUCUGACCUGAGGACUGAGACGGCAGAGGGCCUGGCCAAACUUAUGUACACGGGUCGCAUCUCCAGCGCCAAGCUGCUGUCCCGCCUGGUGCUGCUGUGGUACAACCCCGUCACCGAAGACGACACCCUCCUGCGGCACUGCCUCGGUGUCUUCUUCCAGCUGUACGCCCGCGAGAGCAGAGCUCAUCAGGAGGUGGUGGAGGAGAGUUUCCUGCCAACGAUUCGAACUCUGCUGAACGCCCCGGUUACCUCUCCGCUGGCUGAGGUGGAUAUCAACAACGUUGUCGAGCUGUUUAUUGACCUCACCCGGCCGAGCGCGCUUUUUAAACCUCCGACCAACACGGAGGAGGGGUGUGUUCAUGACUACCUGGCAGUGCGCAUGUUUGGAGAGAUGCUCAAAGACCCCACUGCCCCUGAAGUUCGUCUUUACACUAAGACUCUUGGCAACCUGGAGCUCAGCAGGGACGAGACCAUCAGGGAGGACCUGCAGACUCUGCUGCAGCAGCUGGUCCAGGUGGUAAAAGAUCGUGUUUGCCUUCGUGCUCUGGAGAAGAUGUUGCAUCAGCUGACGGACUCCAAGGAGCAGACGGAGCUGUUCAAUGAGAGCGCUCUCCAGCCACGGGAUGUCAACGCAGACGAGGUUGCAACAGAUGAUCCAUCCAAAUCUGUCAAAAGAGCUAAAAGAGGUCAGAGGAAAGGCUCCACUGCCAGAAGCAGCAGAAAACCCAGCAGGAGGACAGAGUCAUCAGAGGAGAGCGAUGGAGAAAAUGUUCCUGAGUCAGUUCCUGUGGUGCGUCCAUCACGGAGGGCCAAGACUGCAGCGCUGGAGAAAACAAAACUGGACCUCAACCCACUUAUCAAUCAGGAGGCCAAUGUGUCCUAAAAACAAACACAAGUUGUUUGUGUGAAUGAAAAAAAUAUUUUUGCCUUUCAUUACAGUUAUAAUCUGAUAGUUAAAAUGUAAAAUUAUUGCAGAACUGUCUCAGUAAAUGUAACUUAAACACAUUUCUGACAAAGCUCAUCUUAUUAGUAUUUUUUUUUCAAUUUGAAGUUAUAUUUUAAGUAUUAAAGUGAAAUAUAUUUGGAAA